AAAGUGAAAUGUUUAUUAUUUCUUUGAAAUUUGAUGACAAUGGCAGAAAGACAAAAGAAUAAACAAAUCCAGUAUUUCACAAAAUUCUCGAAUCUUUCAAGUGACUAACAAAAUAGCAUCUUAACUGUAAUGUUGGCCUCCUGAAAAGAGUUGGGAUUAAGCUUGUUCGCUUAGCUCGGCGAUACAUCAGCACGAUUGGAGUUUGAGACCGGGCAGCGUGAUAGCAGCGUCAGGCAAUCGUCCACAAAGCCAAGUCACCGUGAAGCGCAGAGCCGCAGAACGUCCAAAGUCUUUCGUCGGAAGCGUUAGCCGACGUCCUCGCUUACGCAGCUGGACUUGUGUACCGGAUCGGGAGGCUUUGAAGAGUGCGCCGACUAGCAACUCGUGAAAAAAGCUUCAGCGAAUUGGCGAGAGUCCGAAAAAAAAGUCAGAAGAAUGCUCUCUGAUGGUUAGCAAGUCCUCUCCUGUGUACUUGAGUCCCGAGACGCUCGUCAAACACAAAAACACAAACCGUAACGGAGAGCAUUCCGCAGGCUACAACACUGCACGUUGUGUAAUUCAGCAAAAAAAAAAAAAAAAAAAUGUGACGUCAGUGAAAACAACCCAUAGUAAAGUAACCAUGACAGUAAAAGUUGUAUGGAAAGAUAGUUUACAAAAAGGCCUGAAUGAAAUGUAAUGCCUGUAAACUCCAUCUUCAUUUGGCAAUUGGAUUGAGCAAUCUGGGGGAUUUCGAGAAUGGCGUCACUGUCCUGAAGGAGAUGAAGGCUUGGAAUGGUUUGAAUCCGUCGAGAAAUGUGGAAAGAGGAGGAAAAUAAAAUACAUCCUCAAUGAUGAGCAUGAGCUUCGGGUCACAAGGGUCUCGGAUGUGCAUGAGGAAUAAAUGCAGUGGGAAACGCUGCUCAUCCAGCAGCGUCUGAAGGGAAGUUCAAGCGCAGUUUGGAAUAACCACUUCCACAUCGGGCAACUAAAACAAGGUAGUCGCCACUCGGGUCGUAUUGAUUUUUCGCGGAAAUGAAGUGCACAAUAUUUGUUUGCGAGUGUCCGCAGUGGCACCGCGUGACGUCCGGGACCGGCACAACAUUUUCACGAUGUUCUAAAUCGGUUUCCGGGUGAUUGCUUGUGAACGUCAACAAUCAGGUAGCCGCCGCAUUGUGCGGUCCUAAAGAGAGACAAACGGGAAAAACUGCUUUGGUAAGAGAUGUUCUUGAAGAGGAGUCCGUCAACAAGACAAGCGGCAUUCUUACGACAAUUGUGGCGCUGGUGCUCACCGCAAACAUCCAUUUUUUUCAAGAUUCGAUGUUCUCUUCUUGAAUCCGGAUUGAUCAUGAUGGAAAGGACCGCGACCCUUUAUCUCCUGCUCAUUUCAGGUUUUUUGGGGUUUUUUUUUAUAUCCAGUUUACAAAUGUAUAUGUAAACAUUUUCAUGAUAUUUGGAAUUAUACAAUGCAAAAUAAACGAGUGCUUGUUGCCUAAGCGAUGGGCCGUCAUUCCCCAGAAUUCUGCUCCUUUAAAGCGGCGUUUUGCGAGUUCCACCACAUCUCGCUCCAGAGGAGCCACCAAGAAGCGAAGGCCUACUGCAGACGGGUGCACGCGGGCCUCGCCUCCAUCAACGACCUGACAGAUAUGAACCGUCUGGUGGCUUCGGUUCCAGACGACGCCGUCAGAUCGUGGAUUGGGCUCGAGUUGGGAAACGCAUCGAGGUGGCACUGGGCUGGGCCUGAUCGAAAACUGGAUUUCUUAAACUGGAAGUCGGGAGAACCACAGGGUUUGGGUCGUCAUUCAUGCGCAGCUAUGGAUCUGCAGGGAGAAUGGUUUGAAAGUGAGUGUGAAACCCAAAGGAGCUUUGUUUGUCACAUUGCAGCAACCAGUCAGACGAGCGCACGAGAGACGCCGCCGACGACCGUCAAGACGCCUUCGAACGCGUCGUCUUCACAGGCGGUUGCAUUUCCUUCCACCGCAGCGACGCCCGCCCAGCAAUUAAGUACAGGUGGCGUAUCGGCAUUUACGACGCUGAUGGGGACACUGAACACAACACAAUCAUCCGGCGGAACAUCAUCUGAAACUGGACCACCUUCGACUUCAGGACAGCUGAUCCUAAUUCGUGAAGACGUGACUUGGCUGCAGGCCUUGCGUUACUGCAGGGAGCACCACAAGGACCUGGUCCACGUCACAGGGCGAAGCAUUCAGGAUCGAGUGGCCCAGAUGGCUCGGAACGCCACAUCGUCCCGCAUUUGGCUCGGGCUGCGCUACGCUUGCAACUUUGACCUUUGGUUCUGGAGCGGUGCGUCCGCCGACUGUUACCAGAACUGGGCGCCUGGCCAAGGGCCGUCAUCAGAGCGCGUGUCUGAAUGCGGACUAGCUGGUGCCGUGGUGACCACAGGGGGGCAGCAAUGGGUGGGCUUGCCUGAGACGCAGCGACUGAACUUUAUCUGCCAGGACUGCGCCGGAUAAGGAAGGUUUAGCGAGACGCGUGAGCUGGUUGCGCUACUUUCCCUUUGCGAUAUUCACAGGUUUCGUCUCUGUACUACCCCCCCACCCCCACCCCUCAAGCGCACUCGUGUGAGAGGAAAACCCAGGACCGCCUCCUCCAUUGUUCGCUGCGAAUGUCAUUAAAUAUGAAAAACACGGCAGCGCGCGGGGCCAGCGCAUUCAUGAGCAGACGGGAGAGUGACGUGAGAACAUUGAUCGGCCGCUUUCACUCAGGGGGGGGUGUUAAUAUUUGCAUGUUGACCUCUGCCGUUUGGGCUGCGAGAAACUCUUUUUGGGGCCACCCUGGACCCCGUGCAGAAGGCCCGCUGCCCCCCCCCCCCUUUCCCCAUACUGACCUUGUCCGCAGCGCCGAGGUGUGCGGCGACCAGCUAUAACCGUGAGAAAAAGUUCAUGAUGUUCUAAGCUGCUGACCAUUCGAGUGUGAAUAAGGAAAUAACCAAUAAAUCACAAUCAAAAACAAUAAAUGAACAAAAUGGUGGCUGAUUCAUUGAUGUACAUUAAAAUGACUAUAAAACAUCGUGUAA